GGGAUCCUCUUUGUAUUACAGAACGAGGCUCCAGACAAGAUACCCAACAUCUGGGUGACAUGCACUGAGCACUGACAGGAGACGCAGCACCCACCGCAGCCCCGGGGCCACACAUCUGUCCGCACAGCAGCAGGCAUCACCUCCGGGGGGAACCACACCAGACGGGCAGGACGGGCCAUCCCUACAGAAUGAAGAGUGCCUGGCUGUGCUUGAGCUGCGUCCUGGUCUUGGGCGUCCAGAGCAUCGCAGCAUGGCGACCACAGUUGGCGCUGUUCUGUGGCCGGGUGCCUCUCCACAUGGACCUGAUGAGGGGCGAGUGGGUGUCCGACCCCCGCAGAGUCCCCAGCUGCCCGGGGAGCAAUGAGGAAAUCCUACAGUACUGCAGACAGAUGUACCCCGAGUUGCAGAUAACGGGGGUGACUGAAGCCGCUCAGCCGGUGACCGUGACCAACUGGUGUCAGAAGCAAAAACCUGAAUGCAAGCGUCGCCUCCAUAUUGUGGUGCCGUAUCUGUGCCUGGUGAAUGAGUUCGUCAGUGACGCUUUGCUGGUCCCAGAUAAAUGUCGCUUCCUGCACCGCGAGCAGAUGGACGUGUGUGAGAGCUACCAGCACUGGCAUGAGACGGCCCGCACGGCCUGCGCAGCUGAGGACCUGGACCUGCACAGUUACGGGAUGCUGCUGCCCUGCCAUCCGGAGAGGUUCCGGGGAGUGGAGUAUGUCUGCUGCCCAACCCGUACACCCCACCAGGUGGAGCCCACACGGGGCCAACCCGUCACCGAGCUAGAGCCACAGGACCUGGACAGAGGGGACGAUGUUGAGAUUGAAGAUGAUAACGUUGAUAUAAUUGAUGAUGGCGGAGAGGACGUGGCCGGGGCCACCGAGGACCAGCACCCCCCAAUAUGGGACGAUUACUUUGUGGGAAACGGAGAAGAGGAGGAGACGACCAGCAGUGCCCCCACACUGCCACCAGAGGUCAAAGUUUCUCGCCCCACGGAUGGCGUGGAUAUCUACUUCGAGUCACCGCGGGAUGGAUCUGAACACGCCAACUUCCUGCGAGCAAAAAUGGAGCUGGAGGAGAGACGUAUGAAGCAGAUCAAUGAGGUUAUGAAGGAAUGGGCGGAGGCCGAUAACCAGGCCAAGAACCUUCCCAAAUCUGACCGCCAGGCUCUAAAUGAGCACUUUCAGUCCAUCCUGCAGACCCUGGAGAGUCAGAUCUCAGCUCAGCGCCAGCGCCUGGUGGAGACGCAUCUGGGUCGGGUGGUUGCAGCUCUUAAUGAUAACCGUAGGGCAGCGCUGGAGAACUACUUGGCGAGCGUGCAGACCACGCCCCUGGAUUCAGAGAAGGUCCUCCUGGCCCUGAAGAAAUACAUCCACGCCGAGCAGAAAGACCAGCGGCACACGGUGCGUCACUACCAGCACGUCAGCAGUGCCGAACCUGACCGAGCCGAGACCAUCCAGUUCCAGGUUCUGACGCAUCUCCGGGUCAUCGAGGAACGAGUCAACCAAUCGCUGUCCCUGUUGUACAGGAACCCGCAGCUGAUGCCGGAGCUACGCCAGCAGAUCGAGAGUUGGCUGCGCACGGAGUGGGUGGGGGCGAGCGACCUCCUGAGCUCCACACAGAAGAAGCUGAGUGACGACGGUGACUACCCCGAGAUGAGAGUGCCCCCCCAGAACUCUGCUGAGACGUCUCAGGGAGAAGACUCCGCGCAGAUAGAACGGAAAGGGUCCGCGGUCUGGGACAUGUACUCCGAUUUCCCCCCCAGUGAGCGGACUAUUACCUUCCCCGGAGAGAAGGAUAACGGGUCAGUAAAGCAAGUCCACUACCAGUCCGAGGACAUCCAGCGCGAUGAACUGGAACCAGACACCCUGGUCACGUUCAACCGCGGCGCUCUGAUCGGAUUGCUGGUGGUGGCGGUUGCCGUGGCAAUGGUUAUAAUCAUCAGCCUUCUCCUCAUCAGGCGCAAGCCCUACGGGACCAUCAGUCACGGGAUCAUAGAGGUUGAGGCUUCCAGGACCCCGGAGGACAAACACCUGAGUAAGAUGCAGAACCAAGGAUACGAGAACCCGACCUACAGAUACCUGGAGGAGAACAACUGAGCAGCGGGUCCUGAUCCAACGGGCACAGGGGAGGGGCUUAUCUUCAGGGGAGGUACAAUGAGGGGUGGGGGUGGGGCCACCAGUAUACAGGGAUAUUUACUAAGUAGGGAGCUGCUGAAGAGCCGGAUCCCCUGGAGCAAAUUGUAUAAAAGACGCAGAGUCCGAAUUCAUCGUCUCAGACCGACCACCGAAAGAAAACCGUCCGAUAACACUCCGAGCACAACAGGUUAACGUUCUCGUCUCUCUCCCCUGCAAAUGCACUUAAAUUAUUUAUGACUGAGAAGGGAAAAGAGACCGUUCAGCAUUAACCUGAUGGUGUGGGAUCUUCUCAGCUCUGACCUCCUCCCCUCCCGCAACAGUCAGAUGGACACCCCCUCCUCCUCUCUCAUGACAGUCAGAUCUCCGUCCCCCUCCCCCACGGCAACAGUCAGAUCUCCGUCCCCCACGGCAACAGCCAGAUCUCCGUCCACCUCUCCUCUCGCCACAGCCAGAUCUCCAUCCCCCUCCCCUCCCACCACAGUCAGGUCUCCGUCCCCCUCCCGCCACAGUCAGGUCUCCGUCCCCCUCCUCUCCCCUCCCACCACAGUCAGAUCUCAGUCACCCUCCCACCACAGUCAGAUCUCCAUCCCCUUCCCACCACAGUCAGAUCUCAGUCACCCUCCCACCACAGUCAGAUCUCCGUCCCCUUCCCACCACAGUCAGAUCUCAGUCACCCUCCCACCACAGUCAGGUCUCCAUCCGCCUCCUCUCCCCUCCCACCACAGUCAGAUCUCCGUCCCCCU